ACUUGACAACUGCGGAUCCUGUGCCACAGAUGCGGGAAGGAAAAAAUUAAAAACAUCAUCAUUCAAUUUUUGUUUUGUGUUGAAGAGAAAAAGGAGAUAUGUGAGCCAGACAGAGGAUAAAUUUUUUUUUUCUGCUGUUUGUUCGCUGACAUGAAGGAGGAAUCUGAUUUUGAAUUCACGGACGAGUUUACGCACAGUCCUCAGGAUACCAAUACUGGAAUAUUGUCCAGCAACAGCACAGGAUCGCCCAUUGGAAUUAGGCCAAGGCCAGUGAUUUGCAAGCCUGGUAAUGUCAACGUGUCGAGCUGCAAAUCCGAGCCUUUAGAGACCAAGAAACACUGGGCACCUGGUGCUUGGCAGGAUGCAACUAGGAAGAGUGCAUUUCAGCCGUAUAAGCCUCCAACUUUACUGACAAAUUUACAAAGAGGAAACACGCAAACAGAGAUUUUGCUACCCUAUGGCACAGGCGAUGUUACUUUUUACACCAUGGCUGGCCAGGGUGAGCUGACAGCUGACAAUAUUCAUGCAGGCUCUGUGGAUACUCUGGAUGAUAAUGGUUUGACUGGAUUGAUGUGGGCAGCUGGUUAUGGACAAUUGAGCAGUGCAAGAUUGUUGUUGCAAGCUGGGGCAAAUCAAAAUAAAAAAGGAUCACAGGGUCAAACACCUCUGCACUUUGCUGCUGCCUCUGGUCACCAUGAUCUUGUUAGAUUGUUGUUAAAUCAUGGUGCCAACCCAAAUGCAUGCGAAGAUGAGGGGAAUACACCUUUGAUUUAUGGAGCGCAAGGUGAUCAUCCGCACGUUUGUUAUGAGCUCUUGGAAAAGGGAGCUGAUAUAACGAUAACCAAUGUACACGGAAUCAAUGCUUACAAAGCAGCUAUUCUCAAGAAUGCAACAACAGCCAAAGCAGUAAUAGAAAAUUUCCUCAUUAAAAAAAUUGUCAACCUAUCACCGGAUAUAUUCCAGCAAUGAACAGCAAUUUAAAUUAAGUU